UUUCUAGUUCUAUAACGACCUAGGACACAAAAGAGUGAACACUUCUAAAAUGGCUAAAAAGAGAGGAGAGGUUGCAUUGCAAGAAGAAAUUGUAGACGAAGAUAGUUGGAACGCGCUGCGUAUGAAGCAAGGGCUAAUAGUUGUCGAUGUCUAUCAAGAAUGGUGUGGUCCUUGUUCCGCUGUUGUUGGUCUGUUCAAACGACUCAAAACAGAAAUAAACGACGAUUUAUUGCAUUUUGCUGUUGUAAGAGCAGAUACUGUUGAAACGUUUGAACUAUAUCGAGGGAAAUGCGAACCAUAUUUUCUAUUUUUUGGAGGUGGAUGCCUUGUUGCAGCAGUAAAAGGAGUUAAUCCUCCAGAGUUGGAGCAGUGUGUCUUGAGCAAGUUGAAGCAGGAACACGACGUCAUAAGUGGCGAAGCUGAAAGGGUUGAGGUGCACUAAGAAUUAUGUUUUAAAUUGUCCCGUAGAUCCGUGAUCCUAUGGUUAUCGCUAGAGAACUGAAAGAGGCGGAGAUUAAACAAAAAAGGGAGGAGGAGGAGGAGGUUGAACAGGAACUUACCUUAGCAGUACUGAAACCUGAUGUUGUGCAGUCUGGGGUAGCAGAACAAAUUAUUAGAGAACUCGAAGAAAAAGGUAUUCAAAUACUUGAGAGCCAAGAACAUUUAUUUACCACUGAAGAGGCUGAAAUCUUCUAUGAAAAUGUUAAAGAUCAGCCUUAUUUUCAAGAUCUUGUUGGAUUUAUGACAUCUGGUCCAAGCAAAAUUAUAGUCUGUGCAAUAAAAGGCAAGCAGGGCAUUAUUGACAAGCUAAGGGGACUAAUUGGACCGUCGAUUUUUGAAAAGGAUUCAGAGGAAAUGAAUGAAACGAUAAGGGCAAAAUAUGGUACUGGAAUAAUCAAGAAUGCGAUCCAUGCAUCAAGCUCUAAAGAAGAGGCUACAAGAGAACUAGCGUUUUUCUACCCAGGUUACGAGCCGCCAGUUAUUACAGUGAAACGUACCCAAUCAGUUGGUAAAGGAUAUGAAGAAACAGUUUAUGGCACUGGAAAACAUGAAAUCGAACGAACAGUUGCAGUAUUACGGCCACAAGCUUAUGAAUUAUAUAAAGAUGAAAUAGUAAAACAAAUUAAAAAUGCUGGAUUUACCAUAGCACUGGAGAAAGUUAUACAGCUGACUAAAGAACAAGUAGAAGAAUAUUAUAAGGAACAUAUGGGACAACCAUAUUUUGGGGAAUUAACUACUGUAAUGUCCAGUGGUCCAUGUUUGGCUUUAUUAUUAGCUAGAGAAGAUGCUGUCGCUAAAUGGAGAGAAAUGUUAGGGCCAGCAAGUGUUAGUGAAGCCAAAUCUACAGCUCCUGGAUCAUUACGUGCUCAGUUUACCAUGAAAUCGCCGACUAAAAUGACCAGUGGGAAAAGUGAAGGAAUCAACCUUAUACAUGGAUCAGCUAACGAUCAUGAAGUGGAGAAAGAUAUUAAUGUAUUUUUCCCGGUCGAAAAAACAAUUGCAGCGAUUAAACCCGAUGCAUACGCUAAUCGAGAUGAAAUUAUUGAAAGGAUUGAAUCAGCUGGUUUUCACGUGGCAGCACGUAAAGAAACGACUCUUACUAAGGAUAUAGCUCGAAAACUAUAUGAAAAUUGCUCUGGUCAACCAUUUUACAAUGAUCUAGUUAAUCAUAUGAUCAGUGGUCAGACUUUGUUCAUGGUUUUGACGAGAAGUAAUGCAAUUUCCGGUUGGCGGCAACUGAUGGGACCAACAGAUCCAAACAAAGCAUCUGACGAAUCAUCAGAAAGUAUUCGUGCAAUUUAUGGUAGAGAUAUUCUUCGUAAUGCAGUUCAUGGAUCAUCUAACAAAGACGAAGUUCAACGGAUUCAGAAUUUAUUAUUCACCGGUAUCGAAGCUACUGAAGAAAACCAAACGAUGUCGUCAAGAAGUAGUAGACGAGAUUCAAUAAAUGAAGAAAUGGAUAUGGAUAAAGCUCACUCAUAUGCAGUUAAAGAAGAGCAAGAAGCUGAAUCAGCUAGAUCACAAGAAAAUGAAGAAAUAAAAGGUAAUAAUUAUUUCCAAUUUAUGUGUAAACUUUUAUUAAUUAAAAUGGUUAGAGUUUUUUUAGCGAGUUAGUUUUCAACGGGAUGGGGUCGCUAACCUCAUGCCCAAUUCUCCUCCUUUACAAAGGCUUGAGACCGGCAGUAACUCUAGAAGAGCUACAGGCGGAAAAUUCGUUGACACUAUGGAGUUCCUGAGAAGAUUGUCAACAUUAUCGGGAACUCAUACGACUGAUUACAGUGCAAAGUCGUACAUGGAAGACACCUGACAGAUGAAUUCCAAGUAAGGACCGGAGUCAGACAAGGCUGUCUACUCUCUCCCUUCCUCUUUCUUCUGGUGGUCGACUAGAUUAUGAAGACCUCGACAUCUGAGGGAAAACAUGGAAUACAAUAAACAACUUAGAACCAAGUUGACGAUUUGGACUUCGCAGAUGACCUAGCCCUCCUAACUCAUACACACGAACAGGUGCAGAUAAAGACAACACAUGUAACAGCAGUCUCUGCAUCGGGAGGCCUCAACAUACAAAAGUGGAAACCAAGGUCCUCAAAUACAACACGGAGAACAGCAAUCCAAUCACUCAUGAUGUCGAAACUCUGGAAGAUGUAGAAUCGUUCACAUACCUGAGAAGCAUCAUCGAUGAACAAGGAGAUUCAGAUGCAUACGUAAAUAUGAGGAUUGGCUGGCAAAGCAAGGACCGCAUUCCUACAAUUGAAGAACAUAUGGAACUCAAAACAACUUUCAACCAAUAUGGAAGUGAGGAUCUUCAAGACGAAUGUUAAGACAGUCAGUUCUACCAUACGAAGCUGAAACUUGGAGAACUAUUAAUAGAAUCACCAAAAAUGUACAAGUAUUUAUCAACAAUUAACUACGUAAGAUACUCGACAUCCGUUGGACGGAUACCAUCAGCACCAGCGUUCUAUGGGGAGGACAAGUCAGCUUCCAACUGAAGAAGAAAUUGGGAAAAGACUCUGGAAGUGGAUAGAAUAUGCAUUAUGCAAAUCAUCAAGUUGCACCACGAGGCAAGCCCUAACUUGGAAUCCUGAAGGAAAUCGGAAAAGAAGAAGGCCAAAGAACACAUUACAUCGGGGAAUAGAAUCAGAUAUAAAAAGCAUGAAUAACAACUGGAAGGAGCUGUAAAGGAUUGCCCAGGACAGAGUUGGAUGGCGAAUGCUGGUGAGCGGCCUAUGCUGCUUCACGAGGAGUAACAGGCGUAAGUAAGUAAUUAGAUGUAUUUAAUAUAAUCCAUAAUAUUGUAAUGAUUGUAUUAUAUUUACAUAUGUAUUACAAGAUGGUAAUACUCCACUUGAUAGUAAGUUAUUUACUAUUUGAAGUGAAGUUAUAAAACUUAAAUUAGUUUGAAUAUUGACACUGUUAUUGCAACAUAUUUGAAUUGAUUUGUAUAAAGGAAUCUUUUAUGCGCUUUUUUUCAUGUACAUACAUUUUGAAUUCUUUAUUUAAGUUUGAAGACACUCUUUACUCUUACAGAUAUUCAUAUAGAUUUUUCUUUUUAACAAACAGUCAAUAUUCACAGGGGAAGUGUAAAUGAGAAAUGGUUGUUCUGAUUCGACUUUCUAUAGAAUUAUAAUUUGUUAAUCAUCAUAACUCUCGUAACUAUCGGUCUCUAUAGAUUCUUUAUCUUUUUAAAUUAUUUGUUUGUUAGCCGAUGUUAGUUGUUUGUCCCUGGAAAUUUUCAGUAUUUUCACCUAUCCACUACUUGUUACAGCUGUUGCUUAAACUAUUGCAAAGUUGCUUUUAUCAAACCAAACACAUCUUUAUAAGAUAAGAUUAUGGUCCUGGAUUUCACUGCUAGCCACGAUUAUUUUAGCUUAUAGUGCUUGUGACUGAUGGCCAUAUUGAGGCGAUUCGUACAGAAUGCAUUAUACAACUAUCUUACAACCAAUUUGUAUUAUGGUUCAUUUUGGUUAAGCUCUUUCAUUAACUUACUUAACAAACGAUGCUGUUUGAAUGGUAACAAUUCCCAUAUUUUUGUACUGUUAUGACCACUAGAUCACAUGACAGACUAGCUAAAAUAUUGAUCGCUUAAGUAUUACUCAGUGAUUCAUCCGCCUCCCCAUGUAUAUAUAUACUCAAGUCAUACUAUUAGUCGUUGCUUUGCUUUGCUUCAUCCUUGUGCAUUUUGACUAUAAAUUUGCCUAUGUAAUUGCUCGUAUAUACUUGUUCGCCUUUCCGCUUCAAAUUCGUUCCAUGUCCUUAUAGCUUUGUGGCAUGCGCUAUCACCUAAUAAAUUGUAGUUACCGCGUUUUAUUGCCUUCUGAUUUUAAUCAUCGUUGAGAUUUAUAUUAUAACGGUUAUCGGGCUGAUCGAUUAACGAAGCAAAGCCACUACAGCACAUAUGUCAAUUAGAGACUGAUCAAUUGUAGUCUUAAACAUCAAUGGAAAGUUUCAGUUAACCAAUACAAAAAUGAAUAAAACACGUUUUCAUUCUACAAGAUAACUAAGACACAUUUCUAAUGCCUGUUGACUAACGAAUAACCAUCAGAAUCAAAACAAACCAAUUUAACAUUGCCUGUUAAGUAUCAACCAUCAUAAUGCUGUUACAUAUAUACAUAUUGAUAUAAUUUUUUUUGUCCUAGGAAAUUAGACUUGAGUAAAUUGUUACUAAAUCCAUAAAAUCACUCAAUCUCAUAGUUUUGAUCUCUUAGAUACCCAGUUACAAAGCAGCUGAUUAUUUGCAAAUAAUGGUCGUUUUCUGUUAUUAACUAGAUCUGAUUACCACAUGAUUUCAUUUUUCUAUAGAAUCUAAUCAUUCGAGUUGGGAACAACAUUUUUUUGACCAUAGUUUUAACUUGUAUUGAUACAUGAAAAGAUAAACAAUAAUUCGAUAAUUUGAUUUAUGAUUUUAUUAUUUGAUGGUGAACGACUCACUUUUAAAAAUUAAAGAAAACUUGAUUUUUUUUCCUGGCUAAUUUAUUUAGAUGAGGAAAAUAUGUUAAAUACACCGAAAGUAAAUGAUGAAGAAAAUAUACAAUCGGAGAGGCAACAAUUUACAAACUCUGAUGAUAAAAUACAACAUGAAGAAAAUGAAUUAACUGAAAUCACUACUGAUACAAUGCCAAUAGGAGAAAGUGUAGAAAAAAAUGAAACAAGUACUUCUAGUUCAUCAGAUACAUAAAUACUGAAUCAAUGGGAAAGAUUAGAAUGAUUUUGUAUACCUUUUUUAUAAAAGAUCAAACGUACUACAAUUCAAUCGUUAUUUAUUAUAAUAAAGAUUUUUUCAAAUG